AUGUCGCGAGAGAAUGAGAAAAGAACCUAUACAGACUACACACCCGAAAAGUUACAGGCAGCUGUAGCUGAAGUGCAGAAAAAAGGAGCAUCUAUAUACGUGGCUUCAUGGAGCUUCGGCAUACCGUACAGUACGUUGUACCAUAAGGUGCACGGACUACAUAACAAGAAACCAGGUUCCCCUAACGUUAUAACCGAUGCACAAGAAAAGGAUCUUGCUGAUACCGUUCGUGUUGAGGGAAUCUGGGGAUUCCCUCUGACUGCGGAUUGCAUUAAGAAGCUCGUCAAGCAAUUCCUCGAUCACAACAAGAUGAACACCAAACUGAACAAUUCUCCCGGAAAAGAUUGGGUUAACUCAUUCCUAAAACGGCACAACUUAGUAUCGCGCUUGUCCCAGAACAUCAAACGAAGUCGUGCCAAAGUUGAUCCACGAACGAUCAAUGAAUACUUUGACAAUCUGGCGACAACCGUGGAUGAUGUUCCGUCAGAAAACAUGAUAAAUUACGACGAAACCUACUUUAGCGAUGAUCCGGGAUCGACAAAAGUCGUAGUGCAAAGAGGACAAAAACACGUCGACAGGGUUAUGGACCAUUCCAAAUCUUCAUUUUCUGUGAUGUUUACGGGAGCAGGCAAUGGAAAAGUGCUGCCACCAUACGUUGUUUAUGCAGCUCUCCACCUGUAUCCAACGUGGACCGAGGGAGGACCAAAAGGUUGUAGAUACAACCGCACAAAAUCUGGCUGGUUCGACUCUGCUGUGUUCGAGGACUGGUUCUUCACGGUAGCACUACCAUACUUCAAGGGACUUCGCAACGACAAAAAAAGUAUCAUCAUCGGCGACAAUGUUGCUUCACACCUGAGCUUCCGGGUUCUACAAAGUUGCAUUGCCAACAACAUCAGCUUCGUUCUGCUGCCGCCUAACUCUACACACCUAUGCCAGCCCCUUGAUGUAGUCUAUUUUGGAAAAAGCAUGGAGAGAUACAUUGAGCGACUGGAAGAAAAAGAACAAAGGAUGUGUUCCUAA